AAACUCUAGUCUCUUAAAUAAUGCCAUUGCCGUAGAUUCGGAUCACAUAUUCUUAUUCAGUCCCCUUCAAAAUCAAGUUCUCACCUUUGGUCUCUUUCUCGUUCUGGGUUCAGUGCUGGUGAGCUGUGAGAGUUUCAAGUUCUCACCUUUUUCUCUUUCGCAUUCUGGGUUCAGGGUUAGUGAGGUGGGAGAGUUUCAAGUUUUCAGUCCCGAUACGUCUUUUGAGAGAUUUAAACACAGAUGAUGAUUCUAGGGUUAGUGGAAAUUACCCUCCUUUGCUCUCUUUUUGUCUCUUUCCGUUUAGACUCUGUCUCCUCUCUAAACUCGGAUGGUUUGGCUUUACUUUCGCUUCUCAGCCACUUUGACAAAGUACCACCUCAAGUCAAUUCCACGUGGAAGGAGAACACAUCUGAAACCACUCCGUGUAAUAACUGGUUUGGUGUCACUUGUGAUGGUUCUCUUAACGUCGAGACUCUUAAUCUGAGUACAUCUGGUGUUUCAGGGCAACUAGGUUCCGAAAUUGGAGAGCUUAAGAGCUUGAUCACUCUGGAUCUGAGUAACAAUAGUUUAUCUGGUCCGUUGCCUUCCAGUUUAGGAAACUGUACUUCACUUCAGUAUUUGGAUUUGUCUGAAAAUGGGUUUUCCGGAGAGAUUCCAGAUAAUUUUGGCAGCUUGAAGAAUUUGACUUAUCUGUAUCUCACUUCAAACUUCUUCAGUGGCGAGUUGCCUGAGUCCUUGUUCCAGCUUUCCUUGCUACAAGUGCUGAAUCGAUACAACAAUCUUACCGGUCUGAUUCCUGCAAGUGUUGGUGGGUUGAAAGAGCUUUCAGAUCUGACCUUGUCUCAUAAUGACUUGUCUGGUCCCAUCCCUGAGUCCAUUGGGAACUGCAGUAAGCUGGAGUAUCUGUACUUGCACAAGAACAAGCUUAAUGGUUCGUUACCGGAAAGUCUCAACCUGCUCAAGAAUCUCAGUGAAGUGUUUGUCAGCAACAACAGCCUUGGAGGGAGGAUUCGUUUCGGUUCAAGCAACUGCAAGAAGUUGGUGACUUUGGAACUGUCUUACAAUCAUUUCGAAGGUGGUGUUCCUCCUGAACUUGGCAACUGCAGUAACCUUGACUCUUUAGUCAUCAUCGGAUGUAACUUGACAGGUAACAUUCCAUCAUCAUUGGGUAUGUUAAAAAAGGUUACCGUUAUUAACCUCGGUGAGAAUCGUCUCUCUGGGAAUAUCCCUCCUGAGCUCGGGAACUGCAGCAGCUUGAAAACCUUGAAGCUGAACGACAACCAGCUCGAAGGAGAGUUACCCUCUGCAUUGGGUAAGCUAAAGAAGCUACAAAUCCUGCAGCUUUUCAGGAAUAAGCUGUCUGGUGGGAUUCCUAUUGAAGUUACUGAGCUGAAGAAUCUUAAGUCGCUUACUCUGUUUAACAACAGAUUUUAUGGAGGGAUACCAAUGAGUUUAGGCGUGAAUACAAGCUUAGAGGGGGUGGAUCUUAUUGGUAACAGUUUUACAGGGGAGAUACCUCCCGAUCUAUGCCAUGGACAGAAGUUGACGGUUUUUAACUUGGGUUCUAAUCAGCUUCAUGGUAAGAUACCACCGUCUAUUGGUCAUUGUAAGACCCUCAGGAGAAUCAGGCUUGGAGGAAACAAGCUUUCAGGUGUUCUUCCGGAGUUUCCUGAGACACAUAAUCUUUAUUUUGUGGAACUCAAAGGCAACAACAUUGAAGGAUCCAUCCCUCGCAGCUUGGGAAGCUGCAAGAAUCUCCUAACAGUUGACCUGUCUCAAAACAAACUCACUGGUUUGAUACCCCCAGAACUGGGAAAUCUGCAAAACCUCGGACUGUUGAAUCUUUCACAUAACCACCUGGAAGGUCCUCUGCCAUCUCAGCUAUCUAGCUGUGUGGGAAUACUGGAGUUUGAUGUCGGAUCCAACUCACUGAACGGUUCUGUUCCUUCGAGUUUCAGAAGCUGGAAAAGCUUGACUACUUUGGUUCUCAGCCAUAAUCGGUUUUCAGGAGCCAUUCCACCGUUCUUGGCCGAGUUUGGCCGCCUAAUAGAUCUCCAGGUAGCUAGAAAUGCUUUUAAAGGUGAGAUUCCUUCCUCUCUUGGCUUGUUAAAGCACCUGAACAGCUUAGACCUCAGUGGAAACGGAUUCACCGGCGAGAUCCCAGCCUUUCUGGUAGGUCUUGUUGAUCUCGUACGGCUCAACAUAUCCAACAAUAAGUUGACAGGGAACUUAUCCGUUCUUCAGAGUCGUAGUUUCUUUCAGCUUGACGUCUCGAACAAUCAGCUCACCGGUCCAAUACCGGAAAAGCUGAUGAAUAGUUCAUCAGUAUUUACUGGAAACCCAAGCCUCUGCAUUCAACCUUCUCACUCAGUAAGUGCAGUGAUCCGUAAAGAGUUUAAAACUUGCAAAGGUCAAGCCAAACUUAGCACCUGGAUGAUCGCCAUUAUAGCAGUUGGUUCCUUUCUAUCUGCAUUGGCUUUACUUUUUGCUUUAGUUUUGGUUUUUACCUGCUGCAAAAGAGGAGUCAAGACAGAAGAUACUCCUGUCCUCGACGAGGAAGAAGGUCUUUCCUUACUGCUUAACAAAGUUCUCACAGCCACUGACAAUCUAGACGACAAGUACAUCAUUGGAAGAGGAGCUCAUGGAGUUGUUUACAAAGCCUCAUUAGCCCCAGGCGAAGAAUACGCCGUGAAGAAACUCAUCUUCGCAGAAAGCGUACGUGCAAACCAGAAUAUGAAGAGAGAGAUCGAGACGAUCGGGCAAGUUAGGCAUAGAAACCUCGUUCGGUUGGAAAGGUUUUGGAUUAUGAAAGACAAUGGCCUGAUGCUGUACAAGUACAUGCCCAAUGGAAGCUUACACGACGUUCUGCACAGAGGCAAUAAUCAAGGAGAAACAGGUCUUGACUGGUCUGCACGGUUCAACAUAGCUCUUGGGAUUGCACACGGGCUAGAGUAUCUACACCAUGACUGUCAUCCACCAAUCAUCCACCGUGACAUCAAACCAGAGAACAUACUUAUGGACUCGGAGAUGGAGCCUCACAUUGGAGAUUUCGGAUUGGCUAGGAUUCUUGAUGACUCGACUAUUUCAACAGCAACCAUCACAGGCACCACUGGUUACAUUGCACCAGAAAAUGCGUACAAGACGGUGAGAUGCAAGGAAUCAGAUGUUUAUAGUUAUGGAGUUGUUUUGCUUGAGCUGAUAACGGGAAAGAGAGCAGUGGACAGAUCUUUCCCUGAGGAGACUGAUAUCGUGAGCUGGGUUAGAUCUGUGUUAAGCAGCUACGAGGAUGACGAGGAUUAUACUGUUAGUCCAAUCGUUGAUCCAAGGCUUGUGGAUGAGCUUCUAGAUACAAAGGUUAGAGAACAGGCAAUUCUAGUUACAGACUUGGCACUUGUGUGUUCGGACAAAAGGUCAGAGAACAGACCGUCCAUGAGAGAUGUGGUGAAAGAGUUGACUGAUGUGAAAGAUCUUGUAAGAAGCACUUCUGGUUCAGUUCAAUAGUUUCUGUAUUUUACAGGUUUAUAGUAGCAGUAUGAGUGGAGAGUAGUAUUUUACUAUUUCUCUCUGUAACCAUUGUAGCAUUGAGUAACAUUGAAGAUCUGAGAAAUAUAUAUGAUGUAUCUAAAAAUGCCUUCUAUAUUCCGUAAAUGAAAAUUGAGUAAUCGAGUACAA